AUGCUCACAGUUCCCCGACCCGUCAAGACGUAUCAUCGGAGUACUUACGACCGCAUUGCGCUCGAGAAUACUGGCUUUGUGGGAAUUGGAAAGACUGUCCUUGUCACCGGUGGAGCUACGGGCAUCGGCUUCGCUACAGCCAAAGCAUUUGCAAAAGCAGGCGUCAAGCGUGUAGUUCUUGUCGCUCGUUCGAAGGACACCCUACAGAGAGCCAAAGACGAGCUCAAGUCUUCCUUUCCGAAUACCGAAACACUCACGUACGCCGACUCGGUAACAGACCACUCCAGCAUGGCCCAAAUCUUCGACGAGCUCAAGGACAUCGACAUCCUCCUCCUGAGUGCCUUCCAGACUCACGAGCAGAGCCUCCCGCAAGACGUGGACACAUCACGUUUGCAGGAAACCUUUGCAACGAACGUCAUGGCCUCUUUUGAGCUUGUGAAGCUAUUUCUCAAUUUACCAGCACCAACCUCAGGAGGUCAAAAGACUGUCCUCAACGUGACCUCGGCCGCCGCUCAGACAUACAUCCCAGGCGCAGUCGGCUACUGCGCCAGCAAAGCCGCCACGAUCCAGAUCAUGCAGCACUUCGCCAUAGCACAAGCCUCCAAACCACCGCACGAGAGAGUACGCUUCUACUCCUACCACCCCGGGGUUGUCAUCACCGAAUCCUACCGAGCAUACGCGCAGGCGUCCGGGAUAGACGACAUCGAGAAGUUCAACGCGGAGAAUGGGGUCGUGCAUGAAGAGAUCGAGUUACCAGCGGAUUUUGCGGUGUGGUUGGCUGGGCCACAGAGUGAUUUUCUCAGUGGGAGGUAUGUGUGGGCGGAGUGGGAUGUUGAUGAGUUGGUUGCGUUGAAGGAGAGGGUUGAGAGGGAGUCGGGAUUUUUGACGAUUGGGUUGGUGUUGUGA